UGGACACAUCUCUGGAGACUAACUACACAGCUGUGCUUCGGCUCCUCGCAGCCCCCAGCACACUUUUCUUUUUUCUUUUUUUCCUUGGGGGGUGGGGGGGGUGCAGAUUGCGAUGUCCACGCGGAAGACAUCGUUGACGGACAAGCAGAGACAAAACGGAACGUCCAAAUAUGUCCUGGAGAGAUGCGCCUCUGUCAACGAGUAUUAUGACAUUGCCUUCAAGGUGAUGAUGCUCGGAGACUCGGCCGUGGGGAAGACGUGCAUCCUGGUGCGCUUUAAAGAUGGGGCAUUUCUCGGAGGCAACUUUAUAGCCACCGUCGGAAUAGACUUUAGGAAUAAAGUGGUGGAUGUGGACAACCUCAAAGUCAAACUCCAGAUCUGGGACACAGCCGGCCAAGAGAGGUUCCGCAGUGUAACGCACGCCUACUACCGAGACGCCCAGGCCCUGCUCCUGCUCUAUGAUAUCACCAGCAAGGCGUCAUUUGACAAUACCAGGGCUUGGCUCACAGAAAUACACGAGUAUGCCCAGAAGGAUGUGGUCAUCAUGUUGCUCGGCAACAAGUCAGACAUGGCUGCAGAGAGGGUCGUGAAGACAGAGGAGGGAGAGAAGCUGGCCAAGGAAUACGGCGUGCCCUUCAUGGAGACCAGUGCGAAGACGGGACUCAAUGUGGACCUGUCCUUUCUCGCUAUAGCAAAGGAGCUGAGGCACAGAGCGACCCAGCAGCCGAAUGAACCCAAGUUCCAGAUACACGACUACAUCGAGUCUCAGAAGAAGAAGUCUGGCUGCUGUAGCGGGGUGUAGCUGAUGCUGAUCACCAGGCAGAAAGAGAGAGAGAGAGAGAUUGAGAGAGGAAGAGAGGGGGGGAGUGGGAAGGAGGUAAAGAUGUCUGCUCGCACACAAAACGCCAAUCUCAGCUCCGAACGUGAGAAGCGGACGACCUCGACUUCUUCAAUGAGCUCUGAGCUGAGGGGGGGGAAUCUGGAUCGGCCGCCGUCCCUUAUCUGAAAUGUGAAAUUCAAAUCUGUUUUUAAUGUCAUGUGUAGAAAAAAAUGUCUGUGAUGUUUGUGGUGACAGUUACAAGUCAGGAGUUAAAAUCUGAAAUGCUAUAUUCAUCUGCAGGGACAACCAGAAAAAACAGAUUAUUAUCAUUGUGCUCUUAAUAAACGGCUGUUUUUUGUAUGAACAAUCAAUACGACUGUUGAUGUGGGUAUAGCAUUUUUUGCCAUACAGCUCUCGGUUUGUUUCGUCCCAGUUUGACCCGACUGUGAACUGAAUCCCCCCUUUUUUGGCCUUACACCCCCGUCCUUUGUCCAUGUUGGUGUGUUUGAGGAGUGGACCUCGGCUUCACAGUCAGAUUGUAGCUAAACUGAUCCCGUCUGUUCACACCUGUACUGCUGUUCGGUAGAAUAAAGCCAACAUCUUGAGUGUCUCUGUCUGUGCAUCCUAUUAAAGGCCAGUGAGACUCAGACGUGCACAUGGAACCGUGCUGGAGGAUCCUCCCACCAGGCUCCAUAUUAAAAGAAAAAGAUUUUCAUUACUGUCAUGUGUUCAGAUAGAGGUUCCUCAGCAUGCAGUGCACACACACAGCACUCAGCACACAGAGACACACACACAGCACUCCCAAACACCGUCGUGUCUCCUUUAAUUAUGGAUGUUGUUGUCUGGGCUUUACUGAAGCUGUAUAUGUUCAUACGCUUCAUCGUGUGACUCGAUUCUUUGUAAAUGUUCAUUUUUAAUGUUUGCUUGUCAUCUUGCUCAGUGUCACGUUUGUCUGAGUGUCACGGUGAUCACAAAGUGCC